AUUUCAGCCCAAUACAUACCUGCAUCACGACAAUCUUGGUCGACUUAGAACCAAUCAGAUAUGAUCUAUGUCGUAGCAUGCAGUAAGAUAUGCAGGCAGCCAGGCAGCCAGCUGUGGCAACCUAAGAUGGUGACCACCAAGGCUUUCCAGAAAUAUUAGCAUUUCUGCCAGAAUGCCCUCAACAGAUCCUACUUCCCCAAUUUGCAGCGAUCUUACCCCCUAGAGCCUCCUUCUGUCAACGCGCACUCGAGCCUCGGCCCCGACCCACGCCGAUUCUAAAUCCUAGUAAACAAGAUGGAUUGGCCUAUGGAAGACUUGCCUUGGUCUAGCGCCGACUUGGGGCUAUUUGAGUUUGAAACACGACCUACUGUCGUUCUACGAAAAUUGGAAUCACACACAACGGUGAUCAAAAAUUUGCUUGAAGAUAAGAACCAGUGGGAGAAUUGGUUCGACUGUGCUAUGAGUUCCGCGUCUGAAUCAAAUCAGUUCUAUGCUGUGCUAUUAAGUAGAGCUUCACCUAUAUUUGAUGAAGAUGCUCCAGUUUCGUACGUCUCGGUCUCGAGAGACACAUGGGAAAGACUUACAAGAUUGUUCCAUAUUGAUCGAGGUAUCACGCGGUCGAUAGCGAGGCAGGUUGCUUGCAUUUCGUCAUGCUACGAGGAGAGUGAAGGAGUAGGUACGAAAAUAUGUUUUACUGCACGAACGUCAAAGUACCUCUCUGGAGACUUGGCAUUGUCCGUUACUUAUAUCCCAAGCACCGAGUCCAUCUAUACUGUUAUGUAUGGUUGCAAUAAGGACCAGAUAAAGAAAAUCGAAUCCCGCGUCCGAUCAGCCGGUGACAGAAUUAAAUAUCCACUGUCAAUGAUCGGAAUCCUCUUCGAGCUUGAAAAAGAAAGGUUGGUAUCUAUUGCCGACCAGCUUUUAGAUAAGUUUACCUUACGGUCAGAGCAUUUGGAGAAUGGAUCCUGGGACCCGUCCAUAGAUAUGAACAAGGAGAAAACGCAGGAGCACCUGGAGCUUUGUCUACAAAGUCGAAACCUUAUAGACCACAUGAAAGCUGUAAGGCGGCAAAUGGUGAAGCUUCUAGCCGAGGUAGAAGAGUUCGAAGACUAUAUUUCCUCUGACGAGCAGGGGAGGCGUUCUCACGAUGAUAGCCAUCAUGAUGAGAGAAAUGAGAGAGAACGCUGGUUCAAGAAAAUGGGACACCAGAUGAAAAAGAGACUACACGACAUUAUCAAUGAGUACGAUGGUAAAAUGGAUGAAUGUGAUAUGAUCGCAGCAAAUAUAACGCUGGCUAUGCAGACGGUUUGGAACCAAAUCGCGAUGCGUGAUUCAGACCUUAACACUCGCAUUGCUCAUGUAAACACGGAGGUCGCCCUUGACACAAAGCGGGAGGGUAUUCAGAUGAGGUCUAUUGCUAUAUUGUCAAUGAUAUACCUGCCUUUCUCCAGCGUUGCGGCUCUAUUCUCGAUGGACAUGUUCGAUUGGAAUCCCCAAGAUGGAGACUCCGUUGUGUCCAAGUAUAUUUGGCUGUUCGCCGUGCUCGCGGUCGGGCUCACCGCGAUUACAGUCUGUGCCUGGUACCACAUUACUACCCGGCAUGAGAAAAAAGCAGAUGGGGACGCCCAGGUGCUCCAGAGAAAAAUAACAGGACUCGAUCAGGUAUAAGAUGCAUAAUGGCAUAUGAAGGUGUACUUGCGGUAGAUGCUGGUUAUUACGGACUCUCUCCUAAGCGCCACUACGGAUGGGUGAAAUUGUCUUACACAUACACGUGUUACGAAAGCCACGAAUAUUUUAUGAUUGAAAGUUGCCAGGAUAUCUUUGAUUAUGUGACUGUAACCUGUACAUAAUCUCAUCAAGCGUGUUUGUCAAAUAAUUUCCAUCGCAGCACGAGUACUACUUAUGAAGAGAAUGACAGAGAUAGUGCAAUGUGAGUGCCUGGCUCCUCCAAUAUUAAUACCAAACCUUAACGUCGU